AUGGAUAUUUCCUGUGUACCAAUCAUUCUAUUCCUCGUAUCCCAAUUCUUGUUCUACGUCUGCUUUGAUUUUGGGUUGAUUGGCAAAGUGAAAGAAAGCAAACGGAAGGUUUCCCAGGAAUGUAUCACCCGAAAGGUCUUCUUCCUGGGCCACAAAGACGCUUUGACUGCAUUACUAGAGCUAGGAUAUGAGGGCAUGCCAAUCCACUUCUAUGUUAACAUGCAGGCGCUUUGCUUGACACUGUUGACGUGCCAAGACACGGCCACAGCCCGUCAUCUUUCAACUCCUGACGCACAGAAGAAAUCGCGUGCAUUCUUCACAUUGAAACUAUUGAUUGAUUGCGCGUCACAAUAUUGA